AUUUGAUUUUGGGUGAUUUUUGUAAAAAAUAUUGGAUGGGCAGGUGGAGGUCUUAUAUAUACGGCCGUUCCGAAUAAUACAUCUACUAUUAAAAGAAUUCUAUUUUUUAAAUUUUCCUGAACAUUUUUAAAAGAAUUUGGUCGCGGAGCAAAGGUCGUUAAAGUGUGAGAUUUUUAAAAGUAUAAUUUUAAUAUUAAAAAUUCCCAGAAAGAAAAAAGUCAAAGAGAAAAAAACACAAUAUAAGUUGAAGUUCACCCAUCUCCGUCUAUCUUCUGUCCAUUUAUACCCACGAAUCGCCUCUUCUCCUUCUAUCUUCAAGCUUUUUCAGUGCAGAAAUGGCGGCACUUCGAGCAGCAUCAUCCAACAUAACUAGAAGAAUCUCAGGAAGCAGUAUCUAUUCCAAAACCAGGCCAUCGGAAGCUCGAUGGAUGUCUUCGUGGUGGAACCAUGUUACUCCGGCACCCAAAGACCCUAUUCUCGGUGUCACCGAAGCAUUCUUGGCCGAUUCUUCUCCCAACAAAGUUAAUGUCGGAGUUGGUGCUUAUCGUGAUGAUAACGGUAAACCUGUUGUAUUGGAUUGUGUUCGAGAAGCUGAAGCCAGAAUUGCUGGUAACCUAAAUAUGGAAUACCUCCCUAUGGGUGGAAGUAACCACAUGGUUGAGGAAACUUUGAAGCUAGCUUAUGGGGAUAGCUCGGAGCUUAUCAAAGAUAAAAGAAUUGCAGCUGUGCAGGCUCUCUCUGGUACUGGAGCCUGUCGGCUUUUUGCUGACUUUCAAAAACGUUAUAAGCCCGAAUCUGAAAUUUACAUCCCUAUUCCAACUUGGUCCAACCAUCAUAACAUUUGGAGGGAUGCACAGGUCUCACAGAAACUAUACCAUUAUUAUCAUCCAGAAUCAAGGGGCUUGGAUUUUUCCGGAAUGAUGAAUGACAUUAAGAAUGCUCCAAAAGGAUCCUUCUUUCUGCUUCAUGCAUGUGCUCACAAUCCUACUGGGGUUGAUCCUACGGAGGAAGAGUGGAAAGAGAUUUCACAACUGAUGAAGGAAAAAGGGCAUUUCCCUUUCUUUGACAUGGCUUAUCAAGGUUUUGCGAGUGGUGACCCAGAAAGAGAUGCAAAGGCCAUUAGGAUUUUCCUCCAAGAUGGUCAUUUACUUGGAGUUUCCCAAUCCUUUGCAAAAAAUAUGGGACUUUAUGGUCAGAGAGUAGGGUGUCUUAGUGUGCUCUGUGAAAAUGAACAAGAAGCAUUGUCUGUUAAAACUCGAAUGCAGCAAAUUGCAAGACCUAUGUACAGUAACCCUCCUGUCCAUGGGGCACUUCUUGUCUCGAUAAUCCUAAGUGAUCCAAAUCUUAAGAACCUAUGGCUUAAGGAAGUGAAGGUCAUGGCAGAUCGAAUCAUUGGAAUGAGAACAGCAUUGCGUGAAAACCUUGAAAAGUUGGGCUCAUCUUUAUCAUGGGAGCACAUCACUAAGCAGAUCGGUAUGUUCUGCUAUAGUGGGAUGACAAAAGACCAGGUCCAUCGUUUGACUAGUGAAUUCCAUAUAUACAUGACCGAUAAUGGCCGUAUCAGUAUGGCUGGUGUUACAACAAAGAAUGUCGAAUAUAUAGCAAAUGCUAUUCAUGAGGUGACGAAGUCUUCUUAAAAGGUACAUGCAAUCGCUGACUGCAGAGAAUGCCCUUUGAGAAUUUCUUUGUAUACCAAUAAAAUUGAUGUAAACAUGAAAAAAUUUUGCUGUCCCGUUUAAUGACACGUUUGGCCUAAGAGGACCUUUCAUUUGACGGUGAUCCAUUGAAGUUAUUGUAUUAUUAUUUUCCUACAUUAUGGGAAAAUACGUUAUCUGGA